AUUCGUUUGCUUACGUUUGCUUGUUUUCCCCUGUCAGUGAUGAAAGCCUGUCGGUGAUCACUCGGAUCAGCGUAAUUAUCAAUUUCCUUUUUUCCACCAUUGCAGAUGUCUUCACCUAUACCCAGGUGAAUAGCGAACACUGGCCAUGAGCCAACAUCCAUACGACUCGGCGGACUGGCCUCUACCGAAUACACCCCGAGAGAGCGUGUUUUCCUCGUCGACGCAUUCGUCCCGCUCGUCGCAGUUUAUCCCGCCGCUGAGUCCGGGGACGUCGUCUCAGGGUUCGGGGUCAAGGAAGACGUCUUACUCGUUGUACGACGAUGUAGUGCGGUUAACGUUGAACCCUAGUGUGACAGUCACGUUUGUACGGCAUAACAAGCUGUUUCGAUUACGGUAUCUGUAUAUCGACAUUUGCAAAGAUGCAGGCGGGGCAUUGAAGUGUUUGGAGUUGAAUGGUGGCGUGGGCCAGCAGACGGCUUUUGUGCAUAGCUUUCAUAAUACAAAACUGCCUGUCCCGCAUCUGGAGCAUCCCAAGCUGCCUCAUGAGCCGUCGCUUCGGGUGUCAUUCUUGGAUGAGCAGACGGUACAAACAGCGCAUACAGUGUUUACGACGCAGAUAUCCUACACUUUUGAUGAUGAGCGAGAUGCCGUACAAUUCCAAGAGCUCAUAUUAGCGUCCAAACUCAUCUUCAUCGCCGGCAUCGCAGAAGCAAAGUCCAAAGGUCGCGGUGAAGAAUGCAUCAGCCAGAAUCUACGCAUCCUGCAAGACCAUAAUGGAAAGCAAGUGAUGCUUUUCUUUGCCAACUCGUUAAGACGAGAGGCUAAGCGCUAUGUUUCGAUACCGAUCAGCUGCAUCGAGAGUGUCAACCCAGGUAAGAAAGCCGGCAAACCGGCAGUCUUACAAUUACAACCAAAUUUCGAGCUUCUAUCACAAAUGAAGGUCUUACAGAUUCAAUUUCUUGAUGAUAGCGAUCGAAAGCGUUUCUGCGAAUUUUUGUCCGCGCAAAAGAUCUAAAAUGUGUCUUCUUCUCGGUAUCCGGAUGGGGCUUUCUCGGUCAUUCAUGGUCAGGCGUUCAGGUGGAGCAACAAUACCCUUUUCUGUAUUUCUUCGUUUUAAAAUCGAAUAAUCCGAAUCAAUCACGGCAUGGCCUGCACGUGUAAUAUUAACUGCCUCC